GUCACCAAGUGCUAAUCUACAGGCGCCUCGGUCGAAACAUUCAGUCGUGUCUCUCGUUAGCGGACAGUGAAGGUUACCUGCUUCAACAGUGCUUGAACGGCAACCUUUCAACUGUCUUUAGACAGCACAGCACAGCACGGGACCAAUCGCUCCGAUACAUCGAGUGAAUUUAAACUUGAAACAUUAGCUAGCUUAGUCAGCCUUGAAAAACACCUAGCUCGGAAGCUAACUCUUUGUUUUGCUAACAACGCACAGCUUCGACCUCCUCUCAACAAGACCUGCCACUGAAAUUUGAACCAUGAGUUCCCAGGUCAGACAGAACUUUCACCAGGACUGCGAGGCUGCAGUCAACAGGCAGAUCAACCUGGAGCUGUAUGCCUCCUACGUCUACUUGUCUAUGUCCUACUACUUUGAUCGUGAUGACCAGGCAUUGCACAACUUUGCCAAGUUUUUCCAUCAUCAAUCGCAUGAGGAGCGUGAGCACGCUGAGAAGCUAAUGAAACUGCAGAACCAGAGGGGCGGAAGGAUCUUCCUCCAAGACAUCAAGAAGCCAGACAGGGACGAGUGGGGCAGCGGCGUCGAGGCUCUUGAAUGUGCCCUGCAGCUCGAGAAGAGCGUGAACCAGUCACUGCUGGACCUGCACAAACUCUGCUCUGAACACAAUGACCCACAUAUGUGCGACUUCAUUGAGACUCACUACCUGGAUGAGCAGGUGAAGUCCAUCAAAGAGCUGGCUGACUGGGUGACCAAUCUGCGCCGCAUGGGCGCUCCCCAGAACGGCAUGGCGGAGUACCUGUUUGACAAACACACUCUUGGCAAAGAGAGCAGCUAAAUCUCUCACACCACAUUUACUACAGCUUAUGUGUAUUUGUAUCUUGCUUGAAAGUGAAAAGCCAUCUGCAUGUUGUUGGUUAGACCUUUAAACUUAUUACUCAAGUUAUUACUAGAAACCCCUGUGAGUGAGUUUGUUCAAACCCUCCCUAUAUCUUGCAUGUCUCUCUGCAAUUAGAAAAGCUCAUCAUUGCUACAUAUUUGCUGUAUUUUAAAGCCUGGAGGUGUUCCUCAGACCAAAUAAACCAACCCUCUGGAUUCUGAA